UUUCCUAAUUGCGAAAAGGAAAAUAAUAUGGAAAGGCACCACCAGCAACCUCUUGGUUUGGCUUUAUAACACAAAAACCCUAAGUGAGUAGAGAGGGAAUAUGGGAAGAGGGAAGAUUGAGAUCCGAAGGAUCGACAAUUCAACGAGCAGGCAAGUGACUUUCUCAAAGAGGAGAAAGGGAUUGAUCAAGAAGGCGAAAGAGCUGACAAUACUGUGUGAUGCAGAAGUUGGACUCGUCAUAUUCUCCAGCACUGGGAAACUUUAUGAAUAUUCAAACACCAGCAUGAAAUCAGUGAUUGAGAGAUAUAACACAAGCAAGGAGGAACACCAACAACUGAUGAAUCCAAAUUCGGAAGCCAAGUUUUGGCAAAGGGAGGCAGAAGUAUUAAGGCAACAACUACAGACUCUACAGGAAAACCAUCGGCAAAUGAUGGGAGAACAGCUUUAUGGUUUAAGUGUGAAAAACCUACAAGAUCUCGAGAACCAGCUGGAAUUGAGUCUCAGAGGUAUUCGCAUGAAAAAGGAACAAAUUCUAACAGAAGAAAUCCGAGACCUGAACCGAAAGGGAAGCAUUAUACAUCAGCAAAACAUGGAACUCUAUAAGAAGGUAAACCUCCUUCGACAAGAAAACACACAACUACACAAGAAGGUUUACGGCUCAUCGGAAAUGGCAGCUACAAGCAGAGAUGCAUUCAAUCCAUAUGGAUUUCAUACAAACGAGGAACCACAAGAACUGAUCCAACUUCAGCUAAGCCAACCAGAGCAAGACACGUAUGAGACAUCAGGCAGCGCCUCAAAAUAAUGUUGGUCAAAAGUUCUUCAGUUGGAUAUUUUGACCUAACCAUUGACAAUAUUAUAAAAUUGCAGCAUAUAACCGCAUGUGAAGUGAUGAAGAAUCCUUCUGCAUGAAUCUUACCUGAGAAAUCAAGAACAAGAAUUAUCAGUAGAAGAACAUCUGUGAUUCUUGAAGCGGAAGGAGUUAGAUAAAAGCUUAUCAGCAAGUGAAUUGCAUUAUUCAAAUCAGAUAUGCAUGUAAAGUGAAUUAUGGAGAAUUUUAAAUAACAAAACAUGGACGUAAAAUUUUUCUGAAUUGUGUCUAUCUAUAGCUUUGUAGAAAUGUAACCUGUCAAUUGCACAUGACAAGUUCAUAAGCUUGAGUCAUUA